AUGUUUCCUCGUCGAGAAGGGGGGAUUUGGAUCGACGUUGACGGCACGCCGAUGGGCGAGAUUCUCCCUGCUCCGCGAACCGGCGUCGCGUCCUCUCUGCUCCGACUAGACAGCGUUGGCGGCGACCCCCCCCACCAUCAUCCUUGCCACCUGCGCAGCAACAAGGGGCUAUACGCGGGGAAGAAGCCAACCGCCGAGGCCGGCGGCGUGGGCGGCUUCCUGGAGGGAGUCUCCGCGGCCGCCGCCGCCGCCGCCAGCUCGAAGACCUGGGCGUCCGACGCGCUGUGGGCGCUCGUGUCUUGCGUCGGGGGCGAGGAAGAGGGGAGGCAGGAGGAGAUGAUGUCGUCGCCGUCGAUCUUGCCGUACCCGGGCUACAUGCGGCCGGAAGAAGAGGAAGAGCUGUCGGUGUGGGGGGGGAGGACUUCGACGGAGUGA